AUGAUCCUCUACCUACUCCUCAUAUAUAUCUACCACUUACGCUCUCAUAGAUCUGCGACAACACGUCAGUCCCGAUCUGCUCUGUUAUCCACAGUCACUGACCUUGUCCCCAGAUAUGACCUCGCACCCACACACUCCUCAAGCCUUGCUCGUUUGUGUUGCUGGGAAGGUUUGGGGAGAACCUGUUAAUUGGUGAGUUCGUUGUCGCUGCUCUCGAUUAGGACGCUUACCUCUCCCAGAUCUUGACACAGUUGCGCGGAAGGCAUCAACGCGCGAAGAUUAGUUCCUUCGUUUCGUUCACAACACUGACCUUAUUCCAGUGUUUUGCAGGCGGUGCCCACACCCGUCAACGUCCACCCUCUCCGCUCAUCGCACUCUUCAUUCGCAGCCUGACUGUGAGUGAAUCGUUCCUCUCUUCGACUGGGAAGGCUGACCUGUUCAAGAUUUGCCCAAGAACAUGAGAGAAAUCAAACGAGGGCUAUUGGUACUGGUAAAGGUGAGUUCUUUGCUGUAAUUUGCGACGCUGACCUUGUUCCGCAGACGGUGGCCAUGCCCGUUCGCCUCCAUCUUCCCCCAAACUCUUCCCUAGGUUCGUUCGUCGUCGCGUUCUUGGCCUCGCAUACUAACCUUGCACCAGCACUUGAUACUUCUCGGAUUUGAGAAGUACAGCGCCAAGUCGGGGCCAAAUUGUGGCUGUAAGAGGUAAGCAUGCCGCCAAUCUGUCCGUUUCGCGUGCUGACCUGGCGGCAGCGCUUCCCCUCGUCGCGCAUGCCAAAUCUGGGCCCCAACGGUGAGCUGAACGUCAAACAAGUCCUUUAGCAUGCUUACUUUGUUCCAGGCUCUCCUCCCGACCCUGUCAAGCCCCGCCCAACUCCAAACCCUCGCGCUUGCCAAAGGUGAGUUUAAUCUCAGUCCCGGCCUUUCGCAGACUGAGAUUCAUCCAGAAAACGCGCCACACUCGUCCGCACCGCCCGCGCUCGCCGCCAUCCGCCGUCAAGGGCCGGUUUCGUCUCAGUCUGGGGGUCUCCGGACCGAGAUUUGUCGCGCGCAGGCCAUUCGCUGGAGAAACGGUCAGUUAACCGUCAAAGAUGCCAUUCUGUGCCCUUACCUCGUUCCAGAGACUUGCAAUAUCGUCCCAAAACCGUUGCGCGCUCCCUUCACCAACGCCGGCUGCUAUGUUCGUCAGUUUCGCGUCAGGCGGGUUGUUGACGGCGCUGACCUCAGCUUAGACCGGCCAUAUCGCUCCCGUUGACCCCAGCCCGCUGCCCGCUCGCUUCACAGGCGCCAAACCGCUGCCCGUUGGUUUAAACCUCAAGAAACAAAGUCAGUAAAUCGUUACUUUGCUCGUUCAACACACUUACCUUGUUCCAGCCGUCAAAAUCGCCCUCCGCGUCGGCGCCAGUGCCUCCCGCGUAAGUCAUCUUGUCGUUGUCGCCGAGUUCGCUGACCAAUCUAGCUGUUGCAGACUCCAUUCGGCGGGUACCGGAGGUGCCCGGGACGUAGGAGCUUGUACGAGAGGUGUUGGCCGUCUCGCUCGGCCGUAGUUAGGCCUUGUAAACCCAGUAGUUAGUCGUCUGAGGCCGGGUUGGCGGCCCCGGCAUGUCAGCUCGGCCGGUCGCGGCAGCGCAGAUGGCCAGGGAGGUAGGUGGGCAGAGGCCGCUUGGGCGGCUGUCGUUCGUUGGCGGCGAGAGGAAGAGGAGAUCGGGCGGUCACGGACACGUGCUUCGGGUCACGUCCCGAUCGAUCGAUCGAUCUUCUGCGCGCGUCCUGUGCCCGACGGCGGCGCCGUGCCUCAGCAUGUCCGUCGACCUCGGCGCAGCCGCCGCCGCCUCCUCUUCCGCGUCCUGCACACGAGGACUUUGAUGCCGGGUGGUUCAAGAUGGGAGGCCGAAUGGCUCACCACAUGUUCUACACCGCCGUCAAAGACUAUCCUUGCUAUGCGGGCUACCUCUGGGCCCCAUUCGAUGCGCUCCUCAACGUCCCGCAGGACCACAUAUGGUACCACAGCCCGUUCGCAACUCGAUUCAUCCCAAACCCGGCGCAAACCCCGAGUAACAGAACAUUGGAGGGCACUGUCGACCAGAUCCCAGUGAAACGCCCGCCGGCAGCGCUAAUUUCUGAUGACUUCAAGACGAAAUAUGGACGGUACGAGAAGACGUCCCGCGCAUGGGGCGUUGGCUGGGAUUAUUGGUGGUGGGGCGAAAAGCACAUGGGGGUCGGCGCCUGUUACAACUAUUACCUUUGGCAGCCGCAGCAUAUGCGCGACCGGCUCGAGGGCUUGACUGGAGGCGAAUAUCGACUCAUUGGCGGGUCUUCCGACACGAUGUACCUCCCUGGCCACCUCCGCGCCGACUUCCUGGAUGUAUUGGGGACUUUCUUGCGGACGGAGUGUUUCCUGGAGAUAGCACUGCCCACGACGCUGCACAUGAUCCUCCCCGUCGACGAGGAGAUUGUGUGGGUCGACCAUUGGUGGAAGAACCCCCCGCCGUGGAACACGACAUAUGUCCGUGACUUGUGGGCACAGGGCUACGAGGUCGAUUCAUUCCACUCUUUCCAUUGGGGCAACAUCCAGGCCGAUGGCUUCUUUGGGCCGAAUAAGAACACAGUACAGGACAUGAAGACGUUGUUGGCGGACUCGUUUGCGCGGCAGAGGAUCGUGCCUCCCAGUUCGGAUUAA